GUGAUACCAAUAUACGGCAAAGGACUUUCUGAAGAAGAACAAAUUCCAAGACCGAAACCGCGUCCACCACAACAGAAGUCGAAUAGUCAAGGAGCGGGAGGAACUUCUAGUGAGGAGAGUGAUGGAUUGGAUACAUUAUUCAAAGUGGGUAUGGGGUUAAUUGGAGGUGCUAUCAUCGGAAAAGUGACAACAAAAACAGCUCUAAUCGACAUUGAAAUUUGCCAACUUUAG